CACUGUUAAUCUGAGAGGAGAAGAAGGAGGGUAGUAAAUCCAGUCUAUUGUUGUGAUUAAGUUUGCUGGUUAUUGCAGCAGCUCUGCGCGGCUGUUUAUCAUCACCAUGACCAACAUGCAGUCCCUCAGCAUCUUCCUGACGGAGCGCUUAAUGCUGGCAGCGCAGGAAAUUUUCAAAGCAGUGGAAGUUACCGUUACUGAAUACCACGACGAGAUUUCCCGCUCCAGACAAGAAAACGAGCUGCUGAAAAGCAGACUGCUGGAGGCAGGUAUCCCGUUUUAUCCAGAAUUACAGCCGGGUCUGUCCGUCUUCCAUGGAGAACCCUGUGUUGGAUCUGAGAGAGGAGAUCCAGGUGAGAAGAUUCAUGUGAAGCAAGAACCAAGUGUUUCAAGGGAAGAGCAUCGAGUUCCACCUCCUCAAACAAGCGCGCCUGAAGAGCCCGUUUCCCCAAGUGUAUGUCUAGAUGAUGAACAGAGAAUUGAAGACAUGCUACACCCACAGAUGACGGACAGCAGCCCGAGUCCUUUACUCCAGGCUCAUCAGUGUAUGCAGAUUAAAGAAGAAAGCGAUGAAUGCAAGUCUGGUUUGGGAGCAGAGAUUUUCUGCACAUCACAGAGCAGUACUUCUGAUGAACUGAGCAGCGCUGUUGCUUCCAAUCACACGAGUGGGCUUGAGACUGAACUGGACAGACUUUCCUCAAUGCAUAAUGCCUCAGAGAUGCCACUAAGUAGCAAAGAAAAACGUGCACAUCACAGGCAGAGGGUUAACUCGGACCCUAAAGCAAGAGCCGAGUAUCUUGCUAAAAGGAAAGAAAGUUAUCAGAGAAGGAAACAGCUGGGAAAGAUUAAAUAUAUAAAGUCAUCUGACCUGCCAAAGACCGAGAGGAAGAAACAGAGAGCGCAAUGGAGGGCUGCAUCCAAAAAUUACAGGCAGAGAAAAAAGAUAGCUGAGGCAGUGUUCAAUGUUCUGCCUCUAUCCAUGGAGUUCACUUCACCAGUCCUGGAAGAUGUAGAUGUAAACCGCACAGCACAAGAGCACUCAGCCAAUACAGCUCAAGCUUUUGCAGACUCUUUACAUCUAAAGGAGGCAUUUAGUCUACUUCACUGGUGUCCUCCAGCCCGCAGAGCAAGCAGACCAGAGAGCAAGCAGCUUGAAAAACUUUAACUAGGAAAACAGUCCACUUGAAGGAAACAUCAAGUGACCUGUCUUCAUGAGCUAUGUUGCAAGUCCCGGAUCAUCAUCUGUGAUGGCCUUCCACCUGGUUCUUAAAGUUUUACAGUGUGGUAGAAAGAACUGGUUCAUUUGGCUGAAGUCUCAUUUUUCUACACAUUAUGACCAAAAGUUUGUGGACGUGUCCUUAAAACAUUACACCAUCACACCCAUAUCUGGGACUAACCCCACAUUGUUCCCACAAAGUUGGAAGCAUACAAUUAUGCAGAAUGCAAAUACUGUGCACUGUGCACUCUACAGUCUAGUGUAUGCAUUGUGGAAGGGUACUAUACUAUCAUCUUAAAUGGAACACAAACCUUUUUUACUUAGCUGUUUCCCAGAUGAUGGCAAAAGAUGUCAAACGCACGUAAUCCAACUCUGCUAGCUUUUGCAGUAUGCAACGACUUUUUAUAAUUUUUAUAAUCUUAUUAUAUUUUUAUAACUUUUUAUAAUUAUAUAAUAUAAUUUAUUUACAAUAAAAAAUAAAUGACAAAGUGGCCUAAUUUAAGAAAUUUUUUAAAUGUCUUUUCUACCUUAGUGACAUCGGCUAUAUUCAUCCAGCUUCAGCAUUUUUUUCUCCUACCUCGUGGUAGCUCCGCCCACCUGCUGCGAGUGUUGAGUGCAUUAAGGCUACGUCUACAUUAAUCCGGAUAAAUUUGAAAACAGAUUAUCGCUUUCAGUCGUUUCCCAAAAGUCGGUCAUCCACACUGAAACGUCUGAAAAGGCUUACGUCCCUGUACUGCACAUAAGUAAAAUGAAGACGAGAAAACAGCAAUUUCAGAUUGAUCCACUUUGGAGAGCUUUUUUCGUUUCGAAAGAUACGUUUUCGUUGACUAAAAGUGUGGACGGAUAGAAAAGUGUGUGAACAUGGCCUAAGUGUUCUAUUGUUUUGUUUUUUUCUGUUUGAAUAACUGCAUCAUCCGGGGAACCUGAAAUGCAGUACACACAAUAUUUAUACUACACAAUGGUGUUGAAAAGUGCACAAGCAUGCAAUUUGGGACACAACUUUUAUAUGCUAUGGCUUUACAGUUUCCCUUCACUGGAACUAAGUGGCCCAAAGCAAUGCCCCCAUGCACAAAUUGAUUGAAGUGAAGAUCUUCACUGUGAAGAGUGUCUUCACAAUGCCCUGACCUCAACCCCACUGAAUAGCAUUGGAAUGAACUGGGACACUGACUGCACCUCAAACCUCACCUACGUUCAGUGCUGUUGGAGCUGAAUGGCCAGAAAUUCCCAGCAGAAGUUUGUAACUUAUUAUAAAUGCAAAUGUAAGCUCAAUCUUGAAUGGAAUGUUCAGAAAGCACAUACAUAUGUUAUGUCAGGUGUCCACAAACAUUUGAUCAUAUUGUGUACUUUGGUGAAGAUCUUAAAUUUCAGAAUCAGAGCCAACAACCUUGUUCUUCUGUAGUGCUUGGCUGCAGUUAAACAUGCUGUGAUUCAGAUUCUAUUGAAUUUGAUGAAAUUUAAUGAAAAGUUCACACAGUAGGUCUCCUUUAUCAAGCUGGUAUAUGACCAAGUUUAUUUGCGAAUAAUUGGUAGUUGCGCCUCCACAAGAAAUAAGGACCACAAAAACAUUUGUACCCUAUGUGAGACCUUAAGUUUGUGUACAAUUUUGUUUAAGCAGGCUCAUUAAUAUAAAACAUCAGUUUUCAUCUUGAGGAGUAAUAACGUACAUGUAUAUGUAAGCCAAACUGAACAAAAUAUUUAGACCAGAUUUACAAAAGUAGCAGCCAAACCAUGCUAAAGGUUUUUAAGCUAUUUAUAAUUGACCGCAUGUUAUGCCAAACAAAACUGUCCAGCUUUCAAUAACCCCAAAAAGUCGUACUGGUCUCUAAAUAUCUGUUGCCUCCUAAGAACCUCAAAUGCUAACUCUUGCAGUAUCCUGUAAUGUCAAUCAACCAUCAUAUGAGCUACACAAAUCUGUUCCUCUCCAGCUUGAUAAAUGAAGCACACAAUUUUUUUAAACAUGCAUUCCACUUAUUCUAAACCAUUUUUAAAAAAUGUCUUGUUAAUGUUUUAUAAAAAUGUUAUAUGAAAAUUAAAAGUUAAUAAAUCUGGUUUAUUCUGCCGUAUGGAAAUGAUUGUGUAUUUGAUAAUUUUUUACCAUGCAUGAUCAUUUGAUAUGUCUCUGUGACCCAUCAUGUGAAGCAACCAAUAAUGGCAAUAGUAUUAU